CGUUUUGAUUGUUUCAUCCCAACUACUAAUAAUAAUAACAAUUCUCUUCUCUGUUUUCUCAUUUGAUUUUUUUAAGAAAAAGAAAAGAAAUUAAGAUUAUGGGUUAUUGGAAAAGUAAGGUUCUUCCAAAGAUCAAGAAGGUUUUUGAGAAAAACACUGCCAAGAAAGCUGAAGCUGCUGAGGCUUGUAACACCUUUGAUCAAUCAAAGGAUGAAAUCAACAAGGAGUUUGAAGAGAAAAAGGUUGACCUCCAACCUAAGGUUCUAGAAAUCUAUGAAGCUUGUUCUGUUGAAAUCAAGGGUUUGGUUAAGGAACCAAAAGAGGCAGGAAUCAAGAAGAGCUCAGUUGCAAUCCACAAAUUGCUUGAAGAACUUUCUAAAAUAGAGUUUCCUGGAUCAAAAGCAGUGACAGAAGCAUCAACAAAGUAUGGAGCUGGGUUGGUAUCAGGACCAAUCAUCUUUGUUCUUGAAAAAGUUUCAACCUUUGUCCCUAUUGAAGAGGUUGUUAAAGAAGAUGAACCCAAAAAAGAAGAAGAACCCAAAAAAGAAGAACAACAAGAACAAGUAACAACAAAAGUAGAGAAAGAGAUUGUGAUUGAAGAAGACAAAAUUCAAGAAGAACAGCCUACUACAAGUACUACUACUAUUGCUCCGGCAAGUGAGGAGCCACCUAAGGCAGCUGAGGUUGUGGAAACAGUGGAGCCACCACCACCACAACCCAAGCAGCCUUGAUAAUCAUAAUCAUAUAAUAAUUAUGAUUAUCAACUAGUUAUUUAUAUUUUUAUAUAUACAUAUAUAAAUAUUUCAAUACACUUUUUUGUGUAUAUGUCUUUUAUAUUUAUGUUAUGUGUUAUAAAAAAAAAAAGAACAACAACAUAUCUCUAUCAUUCUUUAUUAUUAUUAAAUUUCUUUAUGUGGAUUUUAUUCAUCACUCUUGAUUUCUUUGUUCAUCAAUCUUUUUGAUUCUUCCUUUUUUUUUUUGUUGGUCUCAAUUGUGAAUUAUUGUAAUAUUAUUAUGUACAAUUUGGGGGAAUUUUUUUUAUUGAGUAAUAUAUUAAGCUCAAUAUUAUUAUC